AUGCCGCUCUCCUAUGCCGAAGAGCUGGAAGCUGCCCUCCGCGCCGUCCACCUUGCUUCACACGCAACAAAAUCCCUACUCCCUUCCCAGGACAAAGGAUCCACUUGGAAAUCUGACCACAGCCCCGUGACGGUGGCCGACUACGCAUCUCAGGCCUUGCUCAUCGCCACCGUCGCUCAUUCCUUUCCCAACGACCACUUCCUGGGUGAGGAGUCGGCCGCCGAACUGCGCCGCAGCCCCUUGCUCGCUGAGCAAGUCUGGGACCUGGUAUCGGAGACAUUGCGGCAGAGCCCUCACCCCGAAGCCGCGGCACUCCUGCGCGAUGAAUUGAAGGGGGUGGACGAUGUGUUCCGGUACAUCGACAUGGGCGGAGAAGGCAUGGGUGGGCCCGACAGCGGGCGCUUGUGGGUGUUGGAUCCGCUCGACGGCACGGCCGCGUUUUUGAAAGGCACCCAGUACGCGUUGUCGCUUGCUCUGCUGCAGAAUGGGACGCAACAGGUCGGGGUGGUCGGAUGUCCGAACCUGCCAUUUGACGCUGCGGUUUCUCCUUCUGAGUUUGCUGAGGUCAGCGAGAACCUCGUCGACACUGAUGGCCACGGCUGCAUCCUCAGCGCCGUCAAGGGCUGCGGGGCGUUUGUGCGCAAGAUGGGAGCCAAGGACUAUCUGGGUCCGCCAACGAGGGUGGCGAUUAUAGAGAGUAAUGAUACAGGCAUUGCGAAGCGCAUCCGUCUCGUCCAGCCGAGCAACAAAUCCUACGAUGCGGAGAAGCUGCAGGAGUUUGCGCGUCAGGUUGGUGCCCCCUGGCCAGGCACGCAGCUCUGGUCAUCGCAGAUGAGGUUCGCAGCCCUGGCCAUCAGCGCCGGCAAUGUCCAGGUCGCAUUUCGUAUUCCCCGGGACUACCACUCGUGCGUCUGGGACGUGGCGGGCGGGGCUUUGGUUGUCGAAGAAGCCGGCGGGAAAGUCACUGACGCCAAUGGAAAGGAGCUGGAUUUCACCCGAGGGCGCAGGCUCGAUAACAACUGGGGCAUUGUCGCGGCACCCGCGGCCAUUCAUCCGAGGAUGUUGAAGGUCGCAAGAGCGGUAGAUGAGGGUGGCUAG